ACAAACGGGGUCCAGAAUCUCAAAUACUCUAUUCACUCUUUAUGGACUUCUUUUGUGAGUAUCUUUCAUAAGUAUCUGACAUCACUAUUAUAUACUGUGCUGUUCAAUUAGACACUUUGCUUUACAUUCAAGCUCCUGCAUAUUGGAUGGCUAAUUGCUCAAUAUCCUAAUUGUCAUUACAAUCAUAACUCAGGCCGACAGAAUAAACAGCAGGUUAGCUAUAGUGGAUGUCAAGAUGCCUUCUGCUGUGCCUAGCCACAAAGAUCCCCUUCAUGUGCUCAAUCAGAUCAUCAUUUCUCCCUCUGACUCUGAUUACCUUGACCAGUUAAUACCUUCAAUCCGAGAAUACAGCCAUGGAAAUCGAACCUCCCAGUUGCUGCAGUCGCUCUCCAAAUUUGCUGGCGACAAAGAAGCGGAGAUAGAGACCAUGUGCAACACGAACCACCAGGAGUUCGUUACAUCCGUCAAUCAACUCUUACGUAUCCGUGAGGGCACUGUGAGCUUGACUUCGGAGAUCCUAGACCUUAAUCAGUCUAUUCAGGCCAGCACAGAACGGUUGGCGGAACAAAAGAAGGCACUGGUGGAAUCCCGAGGGCACCGCCAAAAUAUCAACGAAACGUCCCGAGCGCUGCAGGACUGCCUCGAGGUUUUACGCCUGGCGAAUCAGGUUCAUGACCUUCUUGCUAAGAGGAAUCACUAUGCGGCGCUGCGAGCCCUCGAUGAGCUCCAAAACGUUCAUCUCAAGGGUGUUACUCAGUACAAAAUUGCUGAAAUGAUCCAAAGAUCCGUGCCUGUGACCCAAAGAGCCAUAGCCGAGGCUGUGAUGUCAGACCUAAACACAUGGCUUUAUCGCAUUCGCGAAAUGUCACAAUACUUGGGUGAAAUAUCUCUCUACCACACGGACUUGCGAAAGAGAAGGCAGAAGGAGCGAGCAGAGAAGAACCCGUAUAUAGGACAAUUCAAGCUUAACUCGGCCAUUGAAUUGGUUUCUGACGAGCAUGAGGAGUAUGACCUGCUUCAGAACGAUGACUUGCAAGUCGACUUCACGCCACUUUUCGAAUGUCUCCAUAUACACCAAUCGUUGGGCCAGAUGGAUAGAUUCAGAGUCGAAUAUGCCAACACGCGACGGCGGCAGAAGGAGCUCUUACUCCCCACUUCAAUAUCUCUCCUAGACGAAGAUGGUGCUAGUUUGCACACACUCCUAGAGGAAAUGUCUGGCUUUGCCAUAGUAGAGCGGUCAACGAUGGAGAAAGUCCCAAACUUGCGAUCGCCCGUGGAUGUUGACGAACUCUGGGAGUCCAUGUGUCACGCAGCUGUUGGUUUGAUAUCGAAGGCGCUCCCUGAAGUCGACAAUGCUGAGAGCCUUCUAAAAAUCAAAAACCUUAUUACAUUAUUCAUGCAGGCGAUGGAUACAUGGAAUUUUCCUGUCGGUGCUUUCGACAAUUUUCUCUUGUCCGUUUUCGAGAGGUACGCGGAGUUACUCAAGAAGAGAUUCAGUGACGACUUUCAAGAGAUCGUCUCGACCGACGACUACAUGCCGAUGCCCAUUCAAAACGCCGAGGAAUAUGACAAAGUUCUCAAUGUGAGCUGGUACACUCCGGACAAACCACAGGAAGAGCAGACUUUCCCGUGUGUCCUACCCUUCUCGCAGAUGUAUCCGUUGUGCUGUAUCGACAUUCGAAACUUCUUAAAUCAAUUCUAUUUUUUCUCUAGUGAUGAUUUCCCCCAUCCAGAUGUAAUCGAUGAGACUUUGAAAGAUGCGCUGGACGAACUUCUGUCGGAUAAAGUGUGCGAGACUCUCGUUGAGCGUCUUAGCUCGCAGUAUCUUGGGCAAAUAGUGCAAAUCCUCAUUAAUCUCGAGCACUUUGAGUCUGCCUGUCGGGAAUUGGAGACUCUCCUUGCUGCCGCGCGAGCACAGACCUCGACUGCAGGGGUUGUCACUUUAAAGGCGACUGAUAAAUUCAGGAGCAAUAAGAAAGCAGCAGAAAAGCGUAUCUUUGAGGUCGUUAAUUCGAAGAUUGAUGACCUUAUCGAAACUGCAGAGUACGAUUGGACAGCGCCGUCCCCCCCUACGGAGCCGAGCAAUUACAUGCAGACACUUACACGGUUUCUUUCAAACAUAAUGAACUCAACGCUCCUUGGCCUUCCUACUGAGAUCAAGGAACUGAUCUAUUUCGACGCUCUUAGUCACGCGGCGAACAUGGUUCUGUCACUGCCCCUUUCAGCAGAGGUGAAAAAGAUUAAUCCAAAUGGCGUUGCUGCUCUAGCGAAGGAUGUAGAAUAUCUCGCCGAAUUUGUGGACAGUCUCGGCGUGCCAAUUCUCCGAGAGAAUCUUGACGAGUUACAGCAAACGGUGCAUUUGAUGCAGGCAGAGAACACAGACGAAUUCUAUGAUAUUUCAACACGAAACAAGAAGUACGGACGUGUGGAUGCGAUUAACGGGCCCGUUUUGCUGGAAAAACUUACCCGCACCGUCCAGAGCCCUGCGAAGACCGAUAAAUUCUCGGCUCUUUCCUCGAGAUUUGGUAUGAAGUCUUAGUGAAACGGUAAUGUCUGCCGAACGGCAUGUUUACAGCCUUUGUCAUUACAGUACGGCCUCAUGUGGUCAAUUUAACGCUUACUUAUCUUACUCGAAUACGAGCAUAUUCGCAAAUAGAAC